AUCUUUUGGACCCUAAAUGCAUAGAAAAGCAUAUAAAGACCCAAAGAUUCACCUCGUGACGCGAAAAGCUUCAUAUCAAACCAACCACCAUCACCACCAUAGCAACCACAACAAUGAUAAUGCCCUCCCUUCCCGGCGAACUGAUCCUCCAGAUCAUCGAGUGUCUCAUCCCCUCCGCCUCGCGCAAGAUACAACCCCCGAGCGACAUUGUCACACAGACCUUGGUUAGUCUUACCCUGGCAUGCAAACUCACUCACCACCCCGCGCGACGGUUGCUCUUCCAGCACUGUCUCUACAUCGACUCGCGGAAGCGACUUGACAAGCUGCUGGGCCGAAGCAGGUACUUUGGGGAAAGCAGCGAUACCACUACCAGCGAUCAAUCCCACCUAUCUCCGCCAAUCCAGGCCCGCUCGCUCUACCUCGCCCCCUUUCCGCCCAAUCAGCUCGAUGACCUCCACACAGUACACCAGGUGGACCGACUGCUCUCGCAGGUCGGGCCUACUCUCCGAAAGCUCGUCAUCAACAUCCCUCUCCGAUAUCUGUAUCCAGAAGACGACGUGCAGGGCCUCCGCGCGAUCCUCCGCGCCGCGUUCUCCCGCCUCCCCGCGCUGGAGGAUUUCUGCUCCGUCCAGGACGAGCUCUACCUGAAAGCCUUGCUUGCCGCAGGAGCCGGAAGCGGGGGAAUUAAUUGA